AUGCAUGGUAACGCCACAGUGGACGCACAUGCACGAAAGCCCCCGCGGCUCAACCCCGCACAGCCCUGGGCCCCUGGUUCCCUGGUCCCCUGCCCGCACCGCCCCUGCUCCGUGUCGCCUCUGCUCUGCCCCCGUGGAGCUCCAGCUGUUCUCUCCGCUGUCCCGCGCCUCUGCUCUGGCUGCUUCCGUGCAGGCUCCGCGAUGACAGCCAUUGCCGCCGCUUCUUUCUUCUCCAACAGCUGCAGGUUCGGCGGCUGCGGGCGGACCUUCGACUCUCUGUCCGAGCUCAUCGCGCACAUCGAGGACAGCCACAUCGACUCAGAUCCUGGUCUUUUGGAGAAGCAGGAGCAGACACAGCCUACAUAUGUCGCUCUGAGUUAUGUCAACAGAUUCAUGACAGAUGCUGCGCGGCGGGAACACGAGGCCUCCAAGAAGAAGCCCAGGUCCAGUCUGUCCCGGGUCACUCCACCGAGGCCGGCCCACGGGAGCCUCACCCCCCCAGUCACCCCGCCCAUCACCCCCUCCUCCCCCUUCCGCAGCAGCACCCCCACAGGCAGCGAGUGUGAGGAGGACGAGUUGGAGGUCGAGGACACGGACAGUGACGAGUCCUGGACCCUGGAGAGCGCCCACAGCUCCGAGUCCAUCCUCAGCUCCGUGUGCAUGAACGGAGGAGACGAGAAGCCCUUCGCCUGUCCUGUCCCGGGCUGUAGCAAGAGAUACAAGAAUGUGAACGGGAUCAAGUACCACGCAAAGAACGGCCACCGCACUCAGGUCCGAGUGCGAAAACCUUUUAAAUGUCGCUGCGGAAAGAGCUACAAAACAUCUCAGGGCCUCCGCCACCACAGCCUCAGCUCCCACCCUCCCCUCUCCACAGAGCUGCUCCGGAGAGUCUGA